AUGGCGUUUGCUGGGACACAUAUCAGUUUGUUCCAACCGGAUAUCACGCAAAAACUAACGGAGCGCAUAGAUGAUCUAAAGCAAAAAAUCGCUGCUUGGGGGAAGCGGAUUCGACGAUUUAGCGAGAGGUCAAGGCGGUUCAACCAGAAUCGUCUCUUCCAGAGUGAUCAGAAGAGGCUCUAUAAAUCAUUGGAGCGACCAGAGGUAUGUGGAGCGGGCCCAGGACCGGAUCAGGCCGACACUGUCGCAUUUUGGCGUGGCCUGUGGUCAGAGCCCGUAAACCACCGCGAGGGCCCUUGGAUGGAAAUUGUGGCGAGCCAGAGUGCAAGUGUUACGCCUAUGGACCCCGUCACCAUAACACCUGAAAAUGUGGCUGAGGCGGUCCGUAGGGCCCCGAACUGGAAAAGUCCGGGGCUCGACGGGCUGCAUCAUUACUGGCUGAAGGGGUUCGUAGAGUGUCACGCUGUGCUCGCCCGACAGUUUCAAGAGGCUCUCGAUCAGAAGUCGCUCCCGAGCCUCUUCACUACUGGGAUCACUCAUUUAGUUCCUAAAGAUCAGGAUACCACAGACCCGAGCAAAUACCGCCCCAUCACGUGUCUACCCACUAUAUAUAACUUUUGA